AUGUCAGAUUUCCUCCAGGCCGCACUCAUCUCGAUCUCAGAACUCCCUUCGGAGGAGACUCUCGUCUCCUUGGGCCAGGCACUCUUGGAUUCCACGCCAUCUUGGAAACAGGGAAAGACCUAUCAAAAAGGCAUCGUCAAAACAUGUUCGCGUCCCAAGGGUCCCCAGGAUGGCGCUCCCUGGCAUUGUCGACUCAGCGAGCACACUCCUGAGGAUGCGACGUUUGAUGAGUUCUGGAGUAAACUCGGCGUGGAUAAGGCACAGAACGAGAUGCAAUAUAUUCCGGACAUCAAGAAGGUGACGCUCGUGAGCCAAAUAUCUCCGACACAAGCCGUCUGGACCCUAUACUACACGUUCCCACCACCCGUCUCGCCCAGGAUAUUCACGGUCUUGCAAACAAUGUAUCUCGAUACGACUUCGCCGAAGACAGGGAUCAUUGUCUCGGUGCCCGUUGAUCUCUCAGGUGAUCCAGACUUGCUUAAGCUAGAAGAGAAAGGCGUCAAAGGUCGAUACGUGAGCGUCGAGCGCCUCAAAGAGCUCGACAAUGGCAAUGUCGAAUGGCGUAUGGCUACAUCCAGUACCCCCGGUGGUAAAAUUCCCUCGUUUAUUGCCGAGUCGAGCAUGGACAGCACCAUUUCUCAGGAUGUCACACACUUCUUGCAUUGGUUCCAUAGUGUCCGCUCAAAGUCGGAACAGACUGCCUUAUCUGCAUAA